CCAGUGUGUUUUUUCGACACUUGAUUGAAAUCUGUUGAAAGUGGAAAUGGCGUAGCGAAGUGUAGAUUUGUUUUUACAUUUUGUAUUAUUAAAUAUUUUACAUGUUAGACGCAAAUCCUAUCAGAUUUAAGAAUUAUAUGUAGUGAUUUAAGCUUUCAUUUAAUUUUAAGUGUUUUUCGUGUUCUCAAUAAAAAAUAAGCACGUAGCCCCAUUUCGACUCUUGCUUUGUUCCGUAUUCUACAAAUUGGAAUAAGAUUUGUAGUCGUGGUUUAUAUUUUAAUGUAUAACAAUGAGUUUGUCCACAAGUUUUCAUAGUAACGGGAUGAAUAGCUUUAAAGAAUCACGGAGUCAAUCCGUUCAAGGACUGGCGAGUGUUAGUUCUAGUCUUCUUAUGAAAAUACCACUUCCUCCUCGAUUGUGGAUUACAGACGUGGAGGAUGAGUCUUCGGAUGAAAACACUACUGGUGCUAGAGAUGAAGGUGUUGUUCUGGCUGAGAGAACCAGGGUGAGGUCGCGUUUUCGGCACCACAAGCAUCGUAGCAGUUGUAAUGUGCCCAUUGGGAUUUUUUGGGACAUUGAAAAUUGUCAGGUUCCCCGGGGAUGCUCAGCAAUAGAUGUGGUGGCAGCAAUUCGAGCCAAAUUUCUUCCAGGGAGGAGGGAAGCUGAAUUUGUUGUUGUAUGUGAUGUGAGAAAAGAAGCUGCAAAUAGAUUACAAGAACUAAAUGAUUCUCAAGUAAACCUUAUUCAUGUGUGUGGAACACAAAAGAAUGCGGCCGAUGAGAAACUGAGGCAAUGUAUGAGAAGAUUUGGUGAGCUACACACAGCUCCAGCGGCAUUGCUACUUAUUUCGGGAGAUAUCAAUUUUGCUUCAGACUUGUCAGAUUUCCGUCACAGGAAAAAUAUGGAAGUGAUAUUGGUGCACAAACAGAACACAUCUUCUGCGUUAAUUACAUGUGCUUCAUCGCAUUAUUGUUACAAUGAGCUUACUGCACAGCUGCCGAGAAACCCAAAGGUCAGUCAAACAGAGGAAGAGGAGCCGACUUGUGAGAUGGAGGUAUCAAAUCUUCCCAUCAACCAGCCGCCCGAGAGAGUAUCUCGAAGGCUGCGUAGGCUGGCAGAUAACUGCGGAGGGAAAGUGUUAAGAGUUACAGCACCUACUGCUAUGCUAAGGUUCCCAACGCCUGACCAUGCAUCGAGGGCGUUGAAGCGUAUGGAAGGCGAGGACGUGUUCGGGCGCAAGAUAAGCACGCGGUUCGCUCGCGGCGCUCUGCAGGCCACAUACUCCAGCGACGAGGGCUACAGCACCGCCCCGCCCGCGCCCCUCGCGCCCUCCGCGCUGCCGCAGCACACACCCAUACCGCCCCCACCACCGCCCCCUCACCCACAUGAUGUGCACCAAGUGUGUAUAGGAGCGGAAGGCGCCCGCGCGGCGUGCGGCGACUGGGCAUUGGCGCUGCAGCAGCUGCCGGCGCCCACACCGCCGCCGCUCGACUUCUGCCCGCCGCCCGCGCCCGCGCCCAAGCCCAGGAAGAUUAGAGGCACUCAUGGUUCUAUUAGCCUGGACCGGUCAGGUUGUUCAUCUAGCAACAGUGGCGAUGAGAGUCGAGCGCGGGCUCCCUCGCCCUGGAACUCGUCCAGUGUGAGCGAGCACAGUGACCCCGAGCCUGACACCGCGGAACUUACUGUAUCCAACCUGCCGCCCUACGAACCCAAUAUGCUACAGGAGGCGCUGAGGAAGCUGUUCAGUCAGUACGUGCCGGUGGUGCGCGUGUCGGUGUGGACGUCUGGAGAGGGGCCGCUCGCCUCAGUCGUGUUCCGCUCGGAGUGGGACGCGCGGCUGGCUAUAGCGCGCGUGCACAAGCGCCGUCUCGACAGCGUGUGGGCGGGCCGCCGCCUCGAGCUCGCCCUCGGCACGCCCUCCCCUGCGCCCAACCUCGAUGUGCUGCGCGCCCGCCUGCGCGCCAUCCUGCUCGAGCAGCAGAACUACUGUAUGCCGUUGCUGCGCCUGCGCGACGCCUACGCCAGCCGACAUUGCUGCUCCAUCACCACAUCCGACAUACUCAAAGUGAGGGAUACAGUGCUAGUGCACGAGACGUGCGGCCGCAUGGUCCAGCUCAUCGAUCUGUCGCCGGUGUCCAAGCUGGAGAUCGAGGAGGCGCCCUGGAAGUGCCACAAGCACUCGGUGCUGAGCACCGGGCACGACGACGGCCGAAGGAUACUGCAGCCCGUGUUCAUAGAGCUGCCAGUGCUCGCGAGAAACAUACACAUUCUGCUCGAGAGCCACGGCGGCAUACUGCCCUUGUUGAGUUUGGUGGAGUGCUAUGAGGCGAUGUUCCCGGCGCUGGUAUGCGAGCCGCGCGCGGGCGUGGCCCUGGAACUGCUGCUGCUGAGCGUGCCCGGCGUCGAGCUUAAGGAGACACCUUCCCGCCACCUAGCCUGGGCCACUGCCACCUCGCGCGCCGACACACCGCCAUCUGUCUGCAACAGAAGUGACACGUCUCGAGGCAGUGUGGGCAGCUUGGGGGAGCGGAGCGGGGCGCGCACGGCACCUGCGCUCGAGCCCACACUCUCCCUGUUUGAGCGCGACCUCGUCGAUCUGCUGCGCACUGCGCCACGCUGCACUAUCCCCUUCAGCAAGUUGAUCCCGUCUUACCACCAUCACUUCGGUCGCCAAUGUCGCGUCGCAGAUUACGGCUUCACAAAGCUCCCGGAACUCCUCGCCUCCCUCAGCAACACCAUUGUGGUGCUGGGCACGGGGUCUUAUCGUGAGAUUACGUUGUCGGCCGCGGCGCAGAGUCGUCGCUGGACCUCCGACCUCGUGAAGAUGCUGAAGGCUAACCCGGUGCGCUCGAUCUUCCCGCAUGAGAUCCCGCAGCUGUACCACAACACGUUCGGCCGGCAGUUCUCGCCCGUCGACUACGGCGUGUGCACGGUCGGCGAGUUGCUGCAGCGCACGGCACCGGGUGCUGCUGUCGCGCUGUCCGACGGGAGCGUGGCGCUGCCUCGACGUGCGCCCACACCCGCCGAGCGCGCACACUCCUCACAGUUUGCGCUCGAAGCUGCCGAACUGCUCUGUUACACGCCAAACCUACGCAUGGAGUUCACGCGGUUCGUGCCCGCCUACCACGCACACUACGGCCGGCAGCUGCGCGUCGCCCACUACGGCUGCGUUAAGCUCGCGGAGCUCCUUGACAUGAUAGCUGACACCGUCGUCGUGUGGUGUGAGCCCAACGGCGAGAAGAUGGUCCGGCUAGCGGCGGGAGCGGCGCGCGGCAUCAUGGCGCAGAGGUUCGCGGCGCUGCUGCCCGCACCCUUCUCCGAGCUGCCGGCACUUUACGCAGCAAGAUUCGGCGCACCGCCCGCGCCCGAUGUGCUCGACGUGAGCACGCUGCAGGAGCUGGUGCUGGCCGCAGGGGGUUACAUCGAGCGUGGCAUGGCGUACAUCACGGUGGGAGACACGGCACGGCUGCCGAACUGCGCGCUCACCGCGUGCGCCGUGCUCUCCGCUGACAUGAGCGUGGCGCGCGGCUCCAGCGUCGAGUACUUCGUGAGCGCGUUCCGCCGGCUGCGCGGCGCCGAGCCCGAUCUCAAGGAGCUAGAGGCGUACGGCGUCGUCGAGACCUCGGAGCGAUACGUGAAGCUGACGGCCGCGUGGCGCACCGUGUGGCGCGUGGCGCAGAUACUCGCCGACCAGCCGGCUCCCAUGCCCACCCAAGAUGUACUAAAUCGAUACAUGAAACGCUACGAGCCCUCACCGCUAACAUCUGACUUGGGUGUGAAGCAGGUGCAGGCGCAGGUGUCGGAGGUGCUGCAGCAGUGUGGGCCGGUGUUUGCGCGCGUGCAGUCUGCGAGCGCGGCGGAGGCGUUGUGGACGCUGGCGGCGGGCGUGGCGCUGCCCCCUCCGCUCCGCCCCGCGCGGCACGAGGACUACUCCGUGCACGACACGCCGCCCGGACAAAAAGGAUCUCGCGUGUUCGAAUCGCCAAAGACCAAUAUCUGGUGUUCCCCACCAGCCAGCGCUUUGCCCAAUCCUACAGCAUUGCUCAGCCAAGAAAAACGUCGCACACGGCUGGCUGCGCAGUUCGAUGCAGCAUAAUAUCAUUCCAAAUAUAUUAAAAAUGCAUUCCUCUACAACAAGAUGUAUAAGUAAAAAAGCACGUGCGUCGGAUAUCCUCUAAAUGAGCUAAUAGAAUGUAUCCAAGGUUUGCAACGAAUUUUAUCAACAAGACAAAUACCAAGUGUCCUAA